AUCUCUCCAAUUUUCAAUGAGUCUCUUAGGAAUAGAGACAUAUAUGAAAUAUGGAAUUGAAUUUAGGACUCGACUAUGAGAAGACUAUAAAAAAUGACCUCUUUCUCACACAGAGUCAUGUGUCACAUCUUUCUUAAUUGAAUAAAGAAUUGAUUUUUGUAAGUCGAUUAGAGAGGAGGAGCUAGCUUGUGCAAUAUGUGCUCAGUGAAGCGUAGACAUGGGCGAUGGUGUGGCAAAGAAUGGUGCGUACAAGUAUGAUGACGGUACGAAAUACAUCGGUGAUUGGAAUCGUAGAGGACUGAAACACGGAGCUGGUCUGUUAGUUCUUCCGGACGGAACACGGUAUGAUGGAACGUUUCAAAAUGGAUUAUGUUCCGGCUUGGGCGUCCUUAUAUUUCCCGAUGGUGCGAAGUAUGAGGGAGAAUUUAUGCAAGGAUGGUUUCAUGGCCAUGGUGUAUUUUGGCGAGCGGAUGGAAUGAAAUUUGAAGGGGAAUUUCGCGGAGGUCGCGUCUGGGGUUUAGGUUUGGUGACUUAUGCCGAUGGCUCGCAUGGAUUUCCGAGAAACGAAGGUUUUUUUCAAGACUGCAGACUAGUGAGGCGACGACGCUGUCCUGAUAUAGUGCAAAAGGCGCAAAAAAUUUCCAUGAUGGCACGUGCUCAGUGUAAUUAGACGGAAGUAGAAUAAAAUUGUAGAUACAUAGCUAAUAAAAGAGAAUGUAUGUAAUCUUUAUUCUCAAUUCCAAUUUUCUCUAUAAUUAUUUAUUUGAAUAAAAUAAAAAUACACUAA